GUUCCCGCGGCGUGAGUAUAUAUAGCAGGCUUGUUCCUUCGUCCGGCAUCACAGCUUCUCCAGCUCCGACGACACGAUGAACCCACUCUUCCUCGUCUUCCUUGCGGCCGUGGCGCAGGCCAACCGUCUUCCCGGUGGAGCACCGUCUUCUGGCUACGGCGCCCCUCCUCCUCCUCCCUCUAACGGUAACGGCUACUCCUACGGCGCCCAGGACCUCCAGGCGGCCGCCUCCAGCUUCGACGUCGCCGCAGCCGAGGACCCCAUCGCCGCCCUGGCCGCCAACAUCCCCGGCGGAGGCGUCCCUGGCGAGGACUACCCCAUCCUGGCCUCCGUCCCCGACACCGGCUUCUCGUGCGAGGACCAGGAAUUCCCAGGCUACUAUGCUGACACCGCCCCGGAGGCCGGCUGCCAAGUGUUCCACAUCUGCCAGUUCGACGGCCGCCACGACGCCUUCCUGUGCCCCAACGGCACCAUCUUCAACCAGCAGUACUUCGUGUGCGACUGGUGGUUCAACGUGGACUGCGCCGCGUCCGAGCAGUUCGUCGGCCUCAACGCCGACAUCGGAAAGGUCCCCGACAACGCGGCCGCCGCCUCCGACGCCUCCCUCGCCACCUCCUACGGCGCUCCUCAGGCUCAGGCCUCGGCUCAGGUCCCCGUGCAGGCUCCCAACCAGUUCUAUGGCACUCCUCAGACCCAGGCAUCUGCCCCCGCGCCCGUCCAGACUCCCAACCAGUUCUACGGCGCCCCCAGCAGGAGCGGCUAAGUCCUCCCUCCAACGUCCCUUCAUCAGGCUCCUCGUGAUCGUUUUCUUAUCCUUCUCUUGCACCGUCUCCGAUUCGAAAUAAAAUCCGCGUGCAAUAUCGAAAUCUAUUUAUAAGAUUAUUUUUAUAUUGUGAAUGCAUUAUAUAAUAUGAACUCCCA